AUGGAUUUGUCAAACUUAUCAAAUACCUUACCGACACUGAAACCAUUGCUGCGCAGACCUGACACUAAUGUGCAGGCCGGAUAUGACGACCCAUCUUCGCAAUCAAGAACGAGUUCACAAUCGAGCGUCACAGAUUUGAGUACUGAUCUUACAACCCAUUUUAAAGACGCAGCGAAAGCAGUUGCGUCCCUAUAUAAUUCGUCCAUCAACCCACAACCUGGAAGUGCUGUAAAUGCUGCACAAAAACACUCCAUCAAAACUGACUUUGCUAACGCUGCUAGGGCCGUUGCUGCACUUUACAAAUCUGGACAAGCUUCACACUCCACCUCCCAUGAGUUAGGGUAUCUACAGUGUCUCGAUGACUUGCUACAAGUUAUAACCCAUGAUGAAGAUGUUGAGAACUGGGCCUUAACUAGGCGAGUGGAAAUCACAAACGCAAGGAACAAGUCAGAUGCAACAACAUUUCAACUCACUAGCAAUACUCCCUCAUUGGAUGAUGCUAAGAUUCCACAAGAUUUUGUAUUCCAGUUUGAGCUGGAUAUGAAACCAUCUACCACUUUUAAGCCCAGUAUACCUCCAAUAUCAGUUCAACACAAUGCAUCUCAAAGAAAUACCAUGAUUAAGAAGAAGAAACUUCAGCAUUUGCAUAAAAAGUUCUACUCGUCAGAAGAGUCAAGUGAGAGCGAAACUGAUGAUAUGAAACGUGCUAAAUUCUUCAAAGAUCAAGGCGAUAGCCCUUUAAAGAAAAAGAAGAAGAAGAAGUUCUAG